UUUUAUUUUCCCCAACCAAGCAUAACCAAAAGUAACCUUCAGCUUAUGAAAUUUACCUGUGGAGAUCGUAUGUGAAACUUCCCAAGAUCAAAGGCCAAUUUUGGAUCGAAGGUGCAUCUCAGGCAAGCGUGGUUCAGGUGAAAGCAGAGACUAGAGACCACGUAUCCACCCAUAGUCUCAACUUUUUCUUUGUGUCUGAGGAAGAAGUCAGAGACGAGAGUGAGAAGGAUGCUGCCACAGCGUGUGAAGAGGGCCAUCACAGAGAAUCCAAAGAAGCUAGCAAAUUUGAUUGACCUUGCAAAUCUGCCUUCAACACUUCGAGAAUUUGUGGGUCAGUCUCAGAUUUCACGUUUGGGCUGUUUCAUGCGCGUCUGGUCAUACAUCAAGGCCAACAAUCUUCAGGAUCCAAACAACAAGAAUGUGGUCAUUUGUGAUGACAAGCUCAGGAGUAUUUUGUUGGGUAAGCCUCGUGUUGAGCUAGCUGAACUUCCUGCACUGAUCAAACUGCAUUUUCCCAAGGAGCGAAAGUGAUUUGAGAAUUUGAGGUUAAGGUGCCUAUAUUCCCUCAAAAAGUAGCCUCUCCCUUCAGCAUACACUUCCUGAAAUACAGCUGUUUCAUGUUGUAGCAAAUUGAUUGUUAAAUAUUUGAAUAUUAUGGAGUCCUAAUCUGUUUGGAUUCAUUGAGCUUUUAAGUAUUAUCUAUAUGGACCCCCUAAAACCUAAUGCUGAAUCUAUGUUCGUUGGCUAUUUAUCUGGCAUUGGUUUAUUAAUAUUAGAAGAUAAUUUUCUUCAAA